AUGAACGAGCGUUUCAUUUCAUGGUAUCCGUCCAUCGCGCACUUUCCGGAUCUUCCGUUCAGACGGCGGACGACAUGGCGACGUGGUGAGAGAAUUUCGCGAUGCUCUCGCGGGCCAAAGUACGGACGAUCGCCUCUGGGCUGGUGGGCAGUGAUUUCUUCUGGACAGAUGUGCGUUGAAAUUUCAAGGAGUUCUGUCGGUCCCGGUUAUCCGUGCUGGACGAUGGAUAACAGAGGCGAAAGAUCUCACGGCGACGGUUUCGUUGGUGUUUAA